CGGAACGGCGCACGCUCUGUCUUGCUUUCUAUUCUCUUUUUCUUUAUAUAUCCCUAGCUCUUCCUUAAUCUUCGCUGAUGUAUGUGUUCACCACUAGUCUGGACAAGAUACAUGUAAACCAUACUGCUUAAAUGACAAAGAUAAUAAGAAGUGUUAGGAUUUCUGCCAUGAAAUCUCUCUAAAAGGAGAAAAGAAGCGACACCUAGAAAAUCUACACCCACCCACAGGCAGGAGAGACAGGGGGAGAGAGAAAGAAAGAGAGAGAGUGAGCAGGGGGUGCGUGGAAGAGGGGUGAAAGAAAGGGAGAGGGGUAACAGUCGAUGGAUGCUGCUUGGACGUUCUGGUUGGUACAAUCUUCUGUGACAAGGACUGGAGAGCUGCAGGGAUGGACGGGAAGGGAAGACACGUUCCCCCAGCCAUGGUGUGGUGCGAGAGAGGAAUUCAGGUGCUUCUCACUACUGUGGGAGCUUUCGCAGCCUUCGCCUUGAUGACUGUGGCCAUUGGCACGGAUUACUGGCUGUAUGCUCGGGCCUUUAUCUGCAACAGCACUGCCAACUCCUCUCAGGAUGACCCCCACAACAAGGACAAGAAGGAUCCUGGAGCCCUCACCCACUCCGGCCUCUGGAGGAUUUGUUGCCUUGAAGGAUUAAAGAGAGGAGCGUGUUCCCAGAUUAAUCAUUUUCCUGAUGAUGCUGAUUAUGACCAGGAUGCGGCAGAGUAUCUUUUACGUGUAGUCAGGGCCUCCAGUAUAUUUCCUAUCCUCAGUGCCAUAUUAUUGCUGCUAGGUGGAGUGUGUGUGGCGUCUAGUCGAUUUUAUAAGACAAAAAGACACAUCAUUUUGGGAGCUGGAAUUUUGUUUGUAGUGGCAGGGCUGAGCAACAUCAUUGGAGUCAUUGUAUACAUCUCGGCAGCAUUGAGUGACAUCUCUCCCAAAAAGGAUGAAGAUAAAAAGUGGCACUACUCCUACGGUUGGUCCUUCUACUUCGGCGGGUUGUCAUUCAUCCUUGCAGAGGUGGUGGGUGUGCUGGCCGUCAACAUUUACAUUGAACGCAACAAAGAACUGCGCUGUCGUUCACGCACUGACCUCUUCCGUAGCACCACCUCUGCUGUGUUACGCUUGCCAGGAUACCGCUUCCGGCGACACUCCUCCCGCUCCAGUUCACGCUCAACUGUCGAGCCGACGCGCUCCCGUGAGCAGUCCCCCACCUCUGUCAAUGCUCCAAAGAACUUCGGCCCACCCCUGGCUGCUGGCCCACCACCAUUUUCAGUAGCCACACUUCCCAAUCCACAUACGCAAUCCGGAGGAGGGAUGGGCGAUAUAUCGAUGUACACACUGGGUAGGGAAGGUAAGCCGCCUAUGUACGGCACAGUCGAUCGUGCUACACUCUACCAGCUACAUAAUUACUUUCCAACAAAGGAAGGAGGUGGGGGCACGCUUAUGACAGGUACGCUGCCUUCUCUGUCCAAGUCUAACCUGGCAACAUCGGCCAAUGCCACCCUCAAUACCUCUUCUUCCUCUGGCCCCCAGCAGGCACCACUGUCAGCCGGGUCCUCCGCAACCAUGGAGAGGGAUCGAGGGCUGGGUACCUUGGAUCGACUAGGCAAAGGAGAUAGUUCAAAUACUAACACACUUAACAGGAGAACCACACCUGUGUAAUGAGAGGUUCAAAGGGGGAGGGAAGAGAAUGAAGGAGAAGACAAGGGAAUACACAGGGUGCGGGGGUAGAGAAAGGUAGAGAUAAGAGAGCAAAAGGGCUGUACAAAAAACAAGGUCCGCUCAUAAUAUUGAAAAGGGUACAAGAAGGCAAUACAUCCUUGUUUUUCUGUCCAUUUCCAUUUUUAAACAUGAUGACUUGAGUAACAGAAUUCCAUCCGCACUUUUUAUUGAUUCAUGUUGAAAUACUCUGUGUGUGAUGGUGAUCUUUUGGUUCUUCGACCUCUUUCAAUUCCAGUGCUUUAUCAUCAGGUUAUGCCUGUAACUUAUUUAGCAUUCCAAUAUAGUUGUUGUUUUUUAUUAUAGUAGUUGUUACAGCUGGGUUAAGUUAUACAUUUUUACUGAGGUAUUUUUUUCUUUCAUUUGUUUGUUUGCACAAUUAUCUAUUUAACUUAUUUUGAUUGAACACAAACUGUGAUAUAUAUUUCUCGCACAUGUUGACACUAUAAUUCAUGAUGUCAUUCAGUGUCAGGCAUGUGUUAAUUUGCGAGAGUAUGACUAUUAUUACUUUUCUUAGUUUUCACAAAGAUGGAUAAUAUUUAGAUCUGUGGAACUAUUUCAUUGUAAUUGUAAGUGUACAAGUAGUUAAGUCUUCAUUUAAAUAUAUUUGAUUUAUCAUAUUAACAGUCCUAAUAUUGUUACGAUGGGAUAACAAUUAUAAUGAACUGCUUUCGAGACUGAUU